CGAACCCCGCCUGCCCGACGGGGCGGCUCCGUGUGCUGAGCGUCCCGGCCGCAGCAGCAGCAGCAGCAGCAGCAGCAUGGGGCUGGAGCUGUACCUGGACCUGCUGUCGCAGCCCUGCCGCUCCAUCUACAUCUUCGCCCGGACCAACAACAUCCCGUUCGAGUUCAAGCACGUGGAGCUGUUUAAAGACUCGGUGCUGGGAAAGAAGCCGGCGGCGGCGAGCGGCGCGGAGCGACCCCGUACAGGGCCAUCAAAUAAUGAAGAGGCUGGCAAAAUCAGCCUCUUGAAGAAGGUACCAGCACUGAAGGAUGGAGACUUCACCCUAGCAGAAUGCACUGCCAUUCUGCUGUAUCUGAGUCGAAAGUACAACACUCCUGACCACUGGUACCCAUCAGACAUCAAAAAACGGGCCCAGGUAGAUGAAUACCUCUCAUGGCAUCACACUAAUAUCCGGGCUAAUGCUCCUAAGACCAUGUGGAUCAAGGUGCUGAUUCCCCUCUUCACAGGGCAGCCACUGCCAUCAGAGAAGCUGCAGGAGGUUAUGGAGGGGCUGUCCACUUCCCUGAAGCAAUUUGAGGAGAGGUUUCUGCAGGACAAGGCUUUUAUCAUCGGGAGCGAGAUUUCCUUGGCAGAUCUCGUGGCCAUUGUGGAGCUGAUGCAACCUGUUGGAGUCGGUUGUGACAUCUUUGAGGACAGGCCCAGGCUGAUGGAGUGGCGCAGGCGGGUGGAGGAAGCUGUGGGGAAGGAGCUUUUCUUCCAAGCCCAUGAGAUGAUCCUGAAUAUCAAAGAACUGAGCAACAUUCAGAUCGAUCCUCAGCUGAAAGAGCACCUGACACCUGUGUUGAUGAAGAUGUUGAAAUGAAUUAACUUAUGUUACUACUUUUCCUGCUUUUUCUUUUCUUUUUUUUUUUUACUUCUAUGAUCUCCAUCUCUACACCUAACUGGAAAAAACAAAACAAAACACUGUAUUUCUUACAUAGUCUUGCAAGGCGUCCUCCCCAACUUCACUAAGUCUUCCCUUCAUCUUUGGGGAUGGGAGCUGGGGAAGUUUCAAGACCUGCAACGUUCGAUUUGUAUGAAAGGGAGAGGCCCUAUGGGUCACUUAACGCAUGCAUCUGGGUUGUAUUUUAGUGUCGCUCUGAAAUGUUGGAAACAUCAGUAGCGUUUCCUGAAUAAUUGGAGCCAGCCUGCAAACUGGAACAUCAGAGACCUGUCUGGGAUGAGGAUUGUUGUUUUCAUGUUUGUAACAUUCGUAGCUCCUUCCUAAGUGACAAGCACUGCAAAGCGUACCUGAUCCUCACCUUCCCAGCAUGCAGCUUUGUGUGAGUAUGGAACAAAGCUACAGGUCGUCACUAAAGUAAAAAGAAGACUUUUUACUUUAUUUUUUUAAAUUCAGUUUUCUCAUUGCUGGAGCAUAUUGCUUGGCCACCAUCUACAUUCCAUAGUUCUGUUUGCCUUUAAGAUCCUGUUAGAAGUUUCUUCACAUUCAUCUACGACUGUAAAACAUUGUAAUUCUUGAACCACUGCUUUCCAUUAUUCAAAGUUGGGUUUCUUAGGCACGUGGUCUGUCAGUACGUGUAUGUUGGGGCAGUUCUGUGUAGUAAAGACUGAGCAACUUCAAACAGCUGAGGGUGGCCACAGCCUACAAGUAAUUGCCUACUCAAAUCCUCUGUUGGUAUCAUAUAUGGAAUACACUGAACAUAUGCAUUCACAGUGACUUCUUUGAAGAGAAUAUGACUGCAAUCCAGUUGUGUUUUUUUCCUGUGGUAAUAGUGCAAUAGCAACCCACAUUCCUCCUAGAAAAUGGAGAGGAGGAAUAAAUCUAGACACGCUCUUCAGAGAUUGUUUUGGAUGGAAGUUCACCAAGUCACCCUGUGCAAGCUGAAGUAAUAAGGGAGAUUUUGUGACAUUGAGCAACAUACGCAUCACAAUAAAAGGACAGAGAGUUGUUUUGGAGCUACAAGGCUCUCUUUCUUGGUUGUGUUGUUUCUGAUUAGUUGUAGCUCAAGUGGGAAAUCGUUUUGUACUGCAGCUCAGAAUAAUAAUAACGAAGCAAAAAAAGCA